AUGCAACACAAUAGAAUAAUACAACAAUAUAAUCAACAUCAAGAUCUUGAUAGAUUGCCAACUAAUAUUAUUGCAGAAUUUAAAGAGAUCUUGAUUAUAGAAAUACACAAAAAAUUGGUUUUAAAUUUUAGAACAAAAGGGAAUUAUAAGUGUAUUUUUCAGGGUGAAAAAGCAUAUGAGAUUAUAAGUGGAAUUUUGAAUUCUAAUCAAUGGGGGAAAAAAGUAUAUUCACAAAAUCAAGAAACAUAUGUUGUGUGCUUAGAUCCUGUUCCAUGGAAUCCUUCUACCUCACAUAAUCAAUCAGAAGAAGUACAUCCUCUUGAACAAAUUAAUUUAUCAACAACAAUCUUUAAUUAA